UUGCCUGCAAAUGAACAGCUGAAAGGCUUGUCUUGUGGCAGUCCCAGAGUUCCAGGGGUCAGGGCUCCCGGUACAGUAGCUCGGGUCCGUUGGCUUGCCUGUCAUUUGCCCCGGCUACCUGGAUGGGGUGUGAAUACCGCAGGAUCCUGGGCACAUGAUGAGGAGCCCAGGUGGCUAGUGCCCCUCAGUGUAGAGAGUUGGAGAGCACCCACCGCCCGUCUCUGCAGUCGUAGAGCGGCAUGGAGGGAGGGACCGAUGCUGUGCUAGCUCCUGCAUUCCCCAGUCUCCACGCAGCACCUUCCUCUGCAUCCAGGAUGGCAUCGGGGAGCAAUCUGGACGAGCUGCAGAGAAUAAUGAAGUCCUCGCUGCAUCUGGAAGAAGAUGACUUUGUACCGGAGCUGCCACGUAGCAUCCAUCCCCGGGAGAGGCCGGACUGGGAGGAAACAAUCAGCGCCAUGGCGCGGGGAGCCGACAUCUCAGUUCCCGGAGAAAUCCCUAUCGCGGUGGAACUUCCGAUGCGUUCCUCUUCCAACACCGCCAGCAUGAAGGUCAAACACGUCAAAAAGUUAUCGUUCACGAAGGGUCACUUCCCGAAGAUGGCCGAGUGCGCUCACUUCCACUAUGAGAACGUGGACUUUGGCAGCAUCCAGCUCACACUAACCGACGAGCAGAAUGAAGUGAGUAGAAACGGCUGCGAGUCCAAGGAGCUGGUCUUCCUGGUACAAGUGGCGUGUCAGGGCCGCAGCUGGAUCGUUAAAAGGAGUUAUGAAGAUUUUAGGGUGCUGGACAAACAUCUCCAUCUAUGUAUAUAUGACCGGCGCUUCUCUCAGCUCUCAGAGCUGCCCCGUUCCGACGCCGUGAAGGACAGUCCAGAGGUGAGAUAUCUGCAUGGAGGAUGUGUGGUCAGGUGA